UUCCCACGGGGCGUGGCACGCUGGCGUGACUCACGCAUUCGUGGAAAACGACCCGUGUGAACGAUGUGUAGUGAGUUUGCCUCAGUAGCCUCCAGAAGCGUGGACAGUCCACGACCGCUCACGCUCCAUAUCAAACGUGUUUGAUUUUGAAGCGUGAAGACGACAGUUGCCAGCCAGAUUUUGACGAGUCGACACGUAUUUAUUUAGUGGGUUGUUUAGUAGAAGUGUUUUUUUUUAGUUGUGAGCGAUUUAUUUAUUAGUAGGUAAGAUGUCUGAGUCUAGAGUGGUGAAAUUACAAAACAACGAAACAAUUAAGUUUAUUGAAUUGUAUGCUAGUGAGAGAGUGCUGUACGAUUCGACUUGUAAAGACUACAAGGAUAGGGAUUCAAGAUUGGCCGCAGCGAAGAGAAUUAGCGAAGCAAUGGGGAUUAAUGGAUUUGGACCGAAAGAGGUUAUUACCAAAUUUAAGAAUCUGAGAAGUUCAUACUGUCAAGAGCUGAAGAAAAUAGCUGACACUGAAAGAUCUGGAAGUGGAACUGACGAUAUAUAUGUACCGAAGGUCAUUUGGUUCGAGAACAUGAAUUCCUUCAUCCGACCAUUUGUUCAACAAAGGUCAACAAAAUCGAAUUUGAUAAUGCCAGCGAAUCGAACUAGUUCACAAUCAGUUGGUGAUGAUCAGCAGGAACACUCUAUCGACAUCUGCAGCGAAAAUACACCAAAUACAGCAAGCCAUUCCAAGAGCACUGUCACUCCAGAUGCUAUAAAUACAACAGUGCGAAGUGAUAAAAUGGAGGAGGCUCCAGCGACACCAUAUGGUAAACGGAAAACCCCACCUGAACUAUCGCCAUCACAGAGGAAGAAAAUAGCUCAAGAUCCCCAAAUUAGUUACAUGUGUAGUGCCAUACAAAAAUUGGAUGAAAUUUCAACUCGUGCUGCUCAAAUUCCAAAAGAAGACUGCUAUGAUUAUUUUGGAAAAUAUGUGGCAUCUAUGCUGCGGAACCUAGGACCACCAACGGCAAUGAGACUGCAAGACCAAAUAACUCAUAUAGAAAAGGCACAAGCAAUGUGA